AUGUUUUGUAAAUUUGUGUUUUGCCUCUUGGUGGCCUUAGCUUGCUGCCUUGGAUCUCAGUCUGCAAAACGAAAUUUCAAUUUGGAGCUGCGAAAUGUUAGUUGUACACCAUUUACAGAUCUUGUUCGUCAGCUAGAGUGUGAUGUUCGUAAAUUGGCCCCAAAUCGUUUUGGUUUUAAUCUUAUGUUUUAUCUGAAUCGCCCAGUGCCUUUGGAUGCUGACCUAGAGAUACUGCUGCAGUACCGAUUGCCCCAUGCCAAAAGGGUAGUGCCUUUGAUUAACCUUAAGCUUAAGAUAUGUGAUGUCCUCCUGCAUGUGCCCACUGUGCCAAUGAUUAAGGAAAUAUUGAAUGGCCUAACAAGAUUCAGUAAUUUUCCAUUAUCAUGUCCUGUCAAGGGGAAUGUCAUGUACAAUGUAACGAAUUUGAUUAUUACGGACAGUAUUUGCCCCCCUUAUGCGCCAAUUGUAGAUUUCAACUUCACCUUGAGUUUUUAUGAGGGAAAGCAAACUCUUGUCAUAUAUCUUUUGGAGGGAUCAACAACUCGUAAAACUAAAACUUAAAGGAUAAGGUGGCAAUUUCCAGAUAUUUUUAAA